GCGGGUUCUCUCAGCAGGAAAAAGCCAGGACGUAAGAUGUGAUCGGAUAUCAAAUUGUGUCGCUAAGACAAUUGUCUGUAUUUGAGAGACAACUGCUUUCUACAAACGCACGUUCUCGUCUCUAGAGAAGGAUGAACGCGGUAUGUAAAAUCAUGUAUUUAUCCGCCGUUACUCACGUUCUCCAAUAACCUCAUUGUUCAGGGCGAACACCGAGGCCUGCGGAACAGCUGAUUGGUUGUUCAGUCCAGCGGUGCACAUCAGGAUUGUCAGAUGUGGACAUCAGUCGUCUGUCAUGGCCAUCGGCAACCACUCGAAUCAGACCUGCUGUGCACUGUGCAUGCACGAGCUCAACCGUGACUGAUCACCGCUUGUUUGCCAACAAAGACCCAAAAUUGAUUUGCAAUACAUGUUUUACACGAGGGCCACUUUAGCCUCUCGUCCAUUUCUGGGCCACAAGAAGACCAGAAGAGCUGCAUCGUUGCCUGAAGUGGCCCACAUCCGAAUGCACCUGUUUUUUUUUUCAUAAUAACACAGCUGUUAGGCAGAGAUGUCCCUGUGAAACUGCUGCUCCUCCACUGUGGCUGUAGAAAGCACCAUGCUGGAUAAACCCAGUGAUAAAGACCAACAGGCUGGCCACUGCUCAGAAUGUGGAUGCACUUUCAGCCAACCAGAGCCCGACUCAACCAGCACGUCAUCCCCUCCCAACCAGCAGCAGACACUCCAGUCCAGGUGUCCGUCCUGCCAGGCCGGCGGCAGUCUCUCCAAUGGCCGACGGCCGCACCGGCGCCUACGCCUGGACCCCCACAUCUGCAGCCUGUGCAACAAAACCUUCAUCUCCUCCGCCCACCUGAACCUUCACCUCACCUCCCACAACAAGGAGAGGAAGUUCAGAUGCAGCACCUGUGGCAAGUUAUUCCACCAGUCCUCCCACCUGAUAGCGCACAAGAUAAUCCACAGCGGAGACAGGCCGUUCAAAUGCCCGGACUGUGGCAAGACCUUCGGCCGCGCCUCGCAUCUGAAGACGCACAGCCGGCUCCACACUGGCGAGAAGCCCUUCAAGUGCUCCUACUGCGACAAGUGUUUCACGCAGAAGGCCGGGCUCCUAGCGCACGUUCGUAUUCACACAGGGGAGCGGCGGUACAAGUGUGAGCGGUGCGGUGAGGGUUUUCGGUCUUUGUCCCUCCUGCUCUCUCACAAGGCCCAGGAGUCCUCUGGGAAGGCCAAGCCAGCAUCUGCAGCAGCACCGACCCAACCCGAGAAAACAGAGGGUAGCACAGAUGAUCUGAAGUGCGGCGUCUGCUGCCGCACCUUUGUCCGAUCGUCGUACAUCCGGCUGCACAUACGCCUUAAAAAAGGACUGCGGCCAUAUCACUGCAAAGUGUGCAACAAGACCUUUGUCAAGCUGGACACCUUUGUGAACCACUGUGAUAAACACUUGAGGAAAAAAAAGGAUAAAAGUAAGGCGGUUAAAGUCAAAGUUGUAAAACCCCCUCUGUUUGUUCCACUCUCCAAUCCUUCAUCACCUCCUCUUCCUCCUGAUCCUGAAUCCUUACCCACUCAGCAUUUAUCCUCAGAAGUCAACACACGCUCCAGGUCAAAAGCAAAGAGUAAAACAGAGCAGUGACCAGGAAGCAGGCAUCCUCUUAGACAAAAAUCAUCUUUAAUGCAAUUCUACGAUGGUCAUAUUAAGAUAUUGUCUUAAAAACACCUGAAACAAAUGAAAGACACUCGUCUCCAAAUUCCCGAAAAGACAAAGAACAAAUUUGCUCCAGAAACACAACAGACUUUAUUAAUUUUUGUUUGCAAAUUGCACAGUUAUGUUAUUUAGAAUACUGAAUUUUAUUGCGAACAAUUCAUUGUUUUUAUUGCACAUUUUAGCUUGUUUGAGCCAUUAGUACAAAUAAUAUAUAUGUGGCAUGCAUUUUCACUUUAAUCUUUUCAUAUAGACAAGGAAAAGAAAUCUCCAAUUGUUGUAAUUCAUGGUUAAUCUGUUGUUUUCUCCACACAGGCCCAUUGGCUUUUAAAACACUUGUACAAAUUACAAAUGCAAAGUAAAUGUAUAUUGUGGGAAAAUAAAGACAGAAACAUA